GACUGAACAACCUACAAGGUUUAUCCUAAACAUCUUCUCCUGUGAUUCCUAUGAACGAUGUCAAAGAGGAGGAGUUUGCCUGUCCAUCUGCGUUCAGUGUAAGGACAUGGUGACAAAAGUUUCGGACGCCGCCGCAAUUAUAAGAGUGGACUUAAAAAACAAGUAAUGGCCAGAUCUAAAGCAAGAAUAUACACGUGUAUAACUUUUACGCUAGUGAUCGCGAUUGGGAUAAUUAUCUUAUGCAUUGCAUUCGCCAAGCAAGAUUGUACGGAAGGGGUCUUUAGAAGCGCAGCGGUAGCCGCAGACUCGGAAACAUGCUCAAAGAUUGGACGGUAAGUGCUUACUGCUUAUCCAUUUACUCCUCGGUAGGCUACAUCGGCUUAUAGUAUUGUAGAGGUGGUAUAACUGGUAUUCAUAUAUUUGAUAAACGUAUUAUGGUCAGGUUUUCCAAAAACAAAAAUGGUACAGUCGUAUAGAGUGUACAAUUUAGAUUUAAUCACAUUUUAGGAAUGUGCAAUCCUUAAAGUCCAGACAGUUCCUCACUCUCCAACACUGUAAGUUAAAUAGCCGAGAAAAUGAGCUGUCCCGUGCGGAGAUGUCUGUGCGUACGUCACGCGCGUGCACAUUUUAACCCUAAUCACUAACUUUGGUUAUUCAAAUGUUAGGAUUUACUGCCUAUCUUGCCUACCAGUUUAAUGAAAAAUGUGGCCUCCUUUUACACUCAUCUGCACUGGUCAGUAGCUUAUUAGAUAGUACCCCAUUGUUGAGAAUAGUAAAUAUGCCUGUAACUAGGCAGUUAUCAACUUUAGAAUCGCUGAUUCAACUCCAGCCAUGCAAAUACCUUUUUGUGUAUCUAUGUAUUGUCUGACCUUUAAGAAAUGAAAUGAAGAUGCAUUGAGAGCUACAGUAUAUAUCCAGGACUUAGCUGAUUGUACUGAGGCUAUAAAUCUACAGUGGGGUUUGAAGCUAUCAGAUUAAUUGAAUUAUAGCCUAAUGAUGCUUAGUAUUAUUGCACAGUCCACAUCAUUGAGACAGACAGAUAGCCAGGCUCACUACUUGCUAUGUAAACCCCCAUCCAGAGAUAUCCUGCAGAGAGGAGGAUCGGCAGUAGAUGGAGCCAUUGCUGCCUUACUGUGCACCUCUGUCAUAAACCCACAAAGUAUGGGCAUUGGUGGGGGGUCCAUAUUCACGGUGAUGGACAGUAGUGGUAAGGACACUUCAUCCCCCUACUAUGAGAUACCACACAGACAUCCAAAUAUUAAAGUCACAGAGGGGGGAUAAACACUUUUCAUGUCAUGUACAUUUGUUUAUUUCAAAGGCAAGGUUAAAAUCAUCAAUUCAAGAGAGACUGUCCCUCAGGAGUUUAAUCCUGAUCUACUGAGUGGAUGCCCACACACCUUCCAAAUGAUGACAGGUAUUUGGAGUGAGAAUGAGUGAACAUGAACUUUUUCUUUCUUGACUUGUUUUUGUAGUUGAAAAGCAUGUCCUUCCGCUUUACGAUGGGAGCUGUUUUUCUUGUUGUUCAAGCUUUCUUUCCUGUUGGCAUCAAGGUGGGGAAUUCUGUGGAGCUCCAGUAAUCCUGGGGCAGCUUGAUCUUACUGAUUAAAGCUGUCUGUCAAGCGACAAGCCGACUAUGCUGGUUUAUAGGCAAGGAUUUUCAUUCCUUGGUAUAAAGUCCUUAUUUAAUGAUGACAUUGAGAGCCAGUACAGUCUUAUACAUGAUUGAUUUCCAUAAGUUGCCUUUCCUCUCCAGACCCGAGACUCCUGUUCAGACCUCCUGUUCAGACCUCCUGUUCAGACAUGUGAAACGCCCCUGGUACCCUCUUCCAUGGGCCUGUUUCAUGUCUGAAGCCUGCCUCCCUUCUGACAGGCUCUGCUAAUGCCAGCCUGCUUCUGGUUCUCCUCUCACUGCGAGGCAGAUGGUUUUGUGGCUUCCUUUUGACUUCUCCCCUUUUCAAUAAAAUGUGAUUAUAAACGCACUAAACUGGACAAAUGGACAAGGGUCCCGUGGACCUUCAAGCAGCAUGUUGCCGUGUGCUGUAAGCCAAGAGCACACACAGUGAACAGCUAGUCAGUUGGCUUUGUUUUUAAUACCACUAAUCAGGUUGUUAUACAUACUAUAAAUUAACAUUAACUUUAUUGAAAAUGUCCAUCUUCAUUUGUAAACACAAAAAGAGAAAUCUUCCGCAAAAGAUUAUAGGUAUUACCAUGCCAGUCGAAAUUGAAUGGCUUAGCAAAAUCCCUAAAGGAAAUCAACUCAUGAAAGGCUUAAACAAUGUUUACUCCAUUCAAAGUUUCUGUUCAGAAACGUUGUUAAAAGGCAAACACCAGACUUACUUAUGUGUAUGAAAGCGGACAAACAAACUAAGCUACAAUCAGUAAGUGAUAGCAAUCUCAGGGAUAUGGAGAUAGAUAUGUGACUGUGACCGAAGACCGUUUCGGAUAGAUAGAGAGAGAGAAAAAAAGUGUGUAAAAAGUCUGAUUACCCCCACCCCUGGUUCCAGGCAGCCAAUGGAUUGGUGUCCCUGGAGAGAUCCGUGGUUAUGAACAGGCCCACAGGUUGUUUGGGAAACUCCCGUGGGCCAGCCUCUUCCAUCCCACCAUCAAGCUGGCCAGAGAGGGUUUCCCUGUACCCCAGGUCCUGGGCCGCUUUAUCCCACUGAUUGACAGGGAUGAGACCCUACCAUUACGGUAAGAACCACCCUGACCUUAAAGACCUUGCCAUUAUGGUAAGAACCACAUUGACCCUAAAUGACUGGAGGAAUCCAACUCAUAACGCCCACCCAAGAGUGAGACAAUAUAACAGUAUGUUGAGACCCAGAUGUGUGGAUGUAUAACAUGAAAAGUUAUUUCAAGAGAGCAAAUGUCAAGCCAUCAUUCUGUCAUCACAUUGCAAGAAAAUAACAUUUGAGCUGUCCUGUAGUCAGUUGUUUCUAGAUAAGGAUGGAAACCUGCUGAAGGCUGGAGACACUGUGAAGUUUGAAAAAUUGGCUGACACAUUGGAGAUCAUUGCAAACCAAGGGGCAGAUGCUUUUUACACUGGAAAAGUAGCAGAGGAUUUAAUCGCCGACAUAAAAGAAGCAGGUACAACAAGUUCCAUUAUUGAUAAUCCCCUCUCUCCCCCAUUGUGGCAUUGCUUUACAGCAAAUAUAUUUAAUUACAAGGAAACUGUAAGUCUCUAAUGCAUUCACAUUGAUCACACCCAAACUAUAAUGUGCCUGUGGUAUGUAUAGGCAUUUGGAGUGCUGAUUAACUCAUCAAUAUAUUUCAAUUAAUGUUUUUUCUGUCUUGUGUCGUAGAAUUACAACAUUAUGUUAAUCACAUUACUUUUAUAUUAGAAUGAAUUCCUAUAUUAGUACAUUCACACUGUCUGUUCUUCUGAGAGGCAACAUACUAGGGUUUUUAGAACUCUCCUGUGUCUGUGUGGAACUGAGAUUAGCCUCUGAGAUUUAAACGCAGACAGUUGAUUUGCGAUGACUUGGUGAUAAGACAACAUUCCAUUCCAUGAUUAGUGUCUGUGUGCCUGUCUGUCGGUGUCAGGGAGACCCAAUCUCCAGUGUAUUUAUCCUAUAUGGAAGAUGAACACUGGACUUAAUCAUUUGAGGGAAUGACCUAGUGUUCUAGGUAACAUUACUAUUUCUGUAUAAACAAGCAGUAAAUGAACUAGAGACAUAUCACAUUUUUAUUUGUCACUUAUACGUGUUUAGCAGAUGUUAUUGCGGGUGUAGCGAAAUGCUUGUGCUUCUAGCUCCGACAGUGCAGUAAUAUCUAACAAGUAAUAUCUAACAAUUUCACAACAUAUACCCAAUACACACAAAUCUAAGUAAGGAAUGGAAUUUAAGAAAAUGUACAUAUAUGGACAAGCAAUGACAGAGCGGCAUGGACUAAGAUAUUAUAGAAUACAGUAUAUACAUAUGAGAUGAGUAAUGCAAGAUAUGUCAACAUUAUUAAAGUGACUAGUGUUCCAUUUCUUAAAGUGGCCGGUGAUUUCAAUAGGCAGCAGCAGCCUCUAAUGUGCUAGUGAUGGCUAUUUAACAGUCUGAUGGCCUUGAGAUAGAAGCUGUUUUUCAUUCUCUCUGUCCCAGCUUUGAUGCACCUGUACUGACCUCGCCUUCUGGAUGAUAGCGGGGUGAACAGGCAGUGGCUCGGGUGGUUGAUGUCCUUGAUGAUCUUUUUGGCCUUCCUGUGACAUCGGGUGCUGUAGGUGUCCUGGAGGGCGGGUAGUUUGCCCCCGGUAAUGCGUUCGGCAGACCGCACCACCCUCUGGAGAGCCCUGCGGUUGCGGGCGAUGCAGUUGCCAUGAUACAGCCAGGCAGGAUGCUCUCAAUUGUGCAUCUGUAAAAGUUUGUGAGGGUUUUAGGUGCCAAGCCAAAUUUCUUCAGCCUCCUGAGGUUGAAGAGGCUCUGUUGCGCCUUCUUCACCACACUGUCUGCGUGGGUGGACCAUUUCAGUUUGUCAGUGAUGUGUAUGUCAAGGAACUUGAAGCUUUCCACCUUCUCCACUGCGGUCCCGUCGAUGUGGAUAGGUGGGUGCACCCUCUGCUGUUUCCUGAAGUCCACGAUCAUCUCCUUUGUUUUGUUGACGUUGAGUGAGAGGUAAUUUUUCUGGCACCACACUCCGAGCCCUCACCUCCUCCCUGUAGGCUGUCUCGUCAUUGUUGUCUUGUGUCGUCUGCAAACUUGAUGAUUGAAAAAAUUGAGUCCUUUGAGAAGGCAAGAAACUGAUGGUGGUUAGGAGAAAUGCAGUAUUAUCAUAAGGAGACGUAUACUUGGAGGAAUGGAGGGAAAAAGAGAGGCAGAGGAGGUCUAAGAGAGAGCGGGAGGAAGACUGAGUUUGAGUCGGGAAAAAAUGGCGGGAAAAAGGGAGUAGGUUUGUUAAAGAAGAGUGGUAGGAAAUGUAAGCAAAGUGAGCUGAAGACAGGAGGAGAAAUGGAAGUGAAUGAGGGUGAAGUAUCGGAGGUGGUAGGUGUGGUGAGAGGCUUGCACAGAGGGUCAGGAUAAAGAUGAGUCUGUGACAGUAGGAGUGAAGUUUGUGGAAAAAAUGGAUCCUUGCCUUUUGGCUGAUCCAUUUGUGGAUUCAAGAUGGGUGAAAAAAGCGUUGGGUAUAGUGGAAUCGGUGAGGGUAACCAGAAGUGGUCUAAUGGAUAAUUGUUUGUGUUUCUGUUGGGCAGAGGGAGAAGGCGCUCAGAGUUAAACAAAUGGGGGAAAGAAUUGUGAAUUGUUUUGCUCUCAAGAAAAGGGUGCCAUUGAAAGGAGUGAUUACUGGGGUAGUAGUAAAUGUAAAAGUGGAUCAACUGAAGGAGAAGAUUCCCGGUGUGUGUGAUGCUCGUCGUUUGGUGCGACGCAAACAGGGGGGCGAGAGUGGGGAAACAGAAGUCAUUGUCUGUUCUUUUGAGUUUUGAAGUUGAGUCUUUGCCUGAUAAAGUGAAAUUAGGAUAUAUAAGUUAUCCUGUGCGAGCUUAUGUGCCGAGUACAUUACGAUGUUACAGGUGUCAAAUGUAUGGGCAUGUGGCAGCAGUAUGUAGGAGGGAGAUUCCAAGUUUUGAGAAGUGUGCAGAAGGGCAUGAGACAAAGGAGUGUGAAGCAGUGGGGAAAGUGGUGGUAUGUGCUAAUUGUAUGGGGUGGCCAUGGGGCUGGGGAUCAGACAUGUCCAGUGCGAGAGAAGCAGGUUGAGGUUUCCAGGGUAAUAGAGAAGAAAUUGUCAUAUGCAGAGGCAGUGAAGAAAGUAGAGGAAAAGGGGUCAAGGUGGGGGAGUGGUGAGAUUAGGAGAGAUAUACCAGUACAGUGAUAUAUGUUUCAGUAAGAUUGGAUUUUUAGCGUUUAUAGCAAUGGUUAUUCAUUGUACUGCAGGGAUGGAACGUAAGUCGAAGAAAAUUGAUGUUGUGGUGGCAGCUGCAGAGAGAUAUUUGGGUGUGCCAGACUUGACAGCAGAAGUGUUACAGGGUGUGUUAAGUGGUGAUGUCCCAUCAUUUCAGGUUGAGGGCAUGAGGUAGGAGUGAGUAUAUUUAAAUAGUGGAGAAGGUUGGGUUAAUUAUUAGUAAUAGUUUUGAAUUUGUGAGUGUAGUGUUAGAUGGUAGGGUAUUUCUUUGCUUUGUUUUAUUUCAUUUUUCAAGGAAAAGAAAAGGGAGUUGUACUCCAGUCUAGUAGGUGGCGGUAAUGCAACAAAUUGGAUGCCAACCGCCGUUAAACCUCAUUGAAGAAGAAGGCUACGGAGAAGGAGAGCCCACAGUCCCUGGUAGUGGGCCGCGUCGGUGGCACUACGUUAUCCUCAAAGCGGGCGAAGAAGGUUGGCAGGAUCGAGACGUCGGUGUCGGCUACGUGGAUGGUUUUCUUUUUGUAGUCCGUAAUUGUCUGUAGACCCUGCACUUACGUCUCGUGUCUGAGCCGUUGAAUUGCGACUCCACUUUGUCUCUAUACUGAUGUUUUGCCAGUUUAAUUGCCUUGCGGAGUGAGUAGCUACACUUUGUAUUCUGCCAUAUUCCCAGUCACCUUGCCAUGGUUAAAUGGGUGGUUCGCGCUUUCAGUUUUGCGCGAAUGCUGCCAUCUAUCCACGGUUUCUGGUUAGGGUAGGUUUUAAUAGUCACAGUGGGCACAACAUCUCCUAUACACUUCCUGAUAAACUCAGUCACCGUUUCAAUGUAUUCGUCUAAAUUAUUUUCGCAAGCUACCCGGAACAUAUCCCAGUCCGCGUGAUCAAAACAAUCUUGAAGCGUGGAUUGCGAUUGGUCAGACAAGCAUUAAAUAGUAAUUGGCAAUCUUGAUAUCUGUUGCAUGAGAGCACAAUGUACCUUUUGACCCAUUCCACACAUCUGCUGUUUGUCAUGUAUUCAGAAGGAUGUGUCUUUGCUAUAAAGAUCUGUAACCUCAGUUCUGCUCUUCUGAGUUCUCAGUGAUCACCUCCAGGGUGGUUACCGACCAACUCCAUUACUGCAGUAAUUAAUAAAGUUAAUUUGUUUUGAGGAAAUCUAAAAGUAUCUCCUUUUGAUUAGAAUAAUUACCACGACACUUGUAACUGUAUUUUAGAUGGAACACUAUCCAUGAAGGACCUGGAAUCGUUUAAAGUGACUGUGACAGAUGCAUGGACCGUUCCUCUAGGAGAGUACCAGAUGCACUUCCCCCCACCCCCAUCAGGAGGCGCUAUCCUCAGCUUCAUCCUCAACAUCAUGAAAGGUUGGAAUUGAAUAACAUUAUUUUUUUCAUUUUAAGAUGGGCCCAAUAUAAGACUGACACUGUAUAAUCUCCCUAUUGUGCCAAACAUUAAAUUACAUGAAUUCAUGAUCUUAUUUAGCGCUUAUUGAUACAGUAUUUGGGUUAACUGACAUUGGUUAUAAAAUGUUUAAGAUUGAAAGCAUCCUGGAGACCAGAAAACCUGCAUACCCACCUCCUUAUUACAUUUUCCUUAUGUCUUUGUCUAUAGAAUACACCCUAAACUCAGCUUCUCUGAUGGGAGGACAAAAGAAUCUCACCUAUCAACGCUACAUCGAAGCUUGUAAGUUUUCCAACGGACUGAGGAAGUACAUCCGUGAUCCACACUUCAACUCAGAACAAGUAAGUUCCAGAAGACUCCAGGCGUAUAGGAAAUCAUGACACAGUAUAGGUCAAGACCAGGGUGCUUCAUAAAUCUUUAAUGAUCUAAGUGCUGUUUUAUCCCAACAGGGUACUCUCAGGGUCAUGUUGAGCCACAAGGGAGAAUUAUGGAGGGUGCAGCAUCAGCUAUUACUGCUGUCAGCUUAGCUGUGCUCCAGUCUGAAAUGACUAUCCAUCCCUACCAUGAUCAUAUAUUCCUGGGGUUCUUUCACAGAUUGUUCACAAGAUGUCUCAUCUCUGCAUACCUGCUAGAUCUGAGACAUGGCUGUAUACUUGUAGGUGUGUAUGCACGCAUGACUGUAAGUCGCUUUGGAUAAAAGCGUCUGCUAAAUGGCAUAUUAUUAUUAUUAUUAUUUAACUCCAUGGCGUCACAUGAGUCUGCAGCCAUGCCUCAGGGCUAAACACCAGCUUUUCAAAUCACUCACACACAAAACAAGCCCUCAAGAUCUUUAAUUCAGAUCUUGAGAGCUAUGUGUAUAUAUAAUCCAAAACUAAAACAGCAAACCAUGCAUUCUGCAUGAUAAGAUAGGAGGGUGAAAUGGGAAGUGGCUAUAUCGAGAGUUGCUACUGUAAUGCAACAUAUACUGUAACUCCAACAUCCCUGAUCAAGGUCCAUUUACUUCCUUUGUCCAGAGAGCACUGAAGAUCACUGAGCAGCAGUUUGCUGACCACUUCAGGGCCAUGAUCAGCAGUGAUGAGACCCAUGAUGCUCAGUACUAUAACAUCACUCCAUACCUGGACACCAUGGGAACCACACAUGUGUCUGUGAUGGCUGAGGAUGGAACUGCUGUCUCUGUUACCAGCACUAUCAAUCACAUGUAAGUCAAAUGUUAUUCACUGUGUAGAAUCAUUACAAUAAUCAUCAUUAGGACUAUGUCAGCGAUGUAUAAUUGUAAUUAGUUAUGUAUAACCAUGUAACAUUCACUAUACACACAAUGACUUGUCAAAUAUCUUUCCCUUCACACAGGUUUGGAUCCAGAGUGUUCUCCCCUAAAACCGGUAUCAUCCUCAACAAUGAGUUGGCAGAUUUCUGUGGGAAGGCAGAUCACAUUGUUGCAGGUAAUGUGACCCCCAAAAAUAUUUCCUGAGUGUUUGUAAGGGUGGCUGUAAAAUAAACUGAUAGCUUAGAUUUUUGUAGCCUCUCCUUGAUGAUUUGUUUUAUGGUUUGGCUUGCAGGUGAGCAGCCUCCCUCCUCCAUGUCCCCUGUUGUCCUGCAGUCCAAGUAUAAGACUCUGGUGAUUGGCGGGUCAGGUGGCAGCAUGAUCACCACGGGGAUGGCCUUGGUAAGUGACCAUGGUAUCAACAAUAUUUGAUCAACAUACACUUUGCGUAUGCAAAUUGGUUGAGCCUCACAAUAACAAACACCUGUAUAACACCAAUACUCACCUAAUGUUCAUAAAUCUACUGUGUGACCAAUAUUUCACAGUAUGUUUUCUAAAACACUCUGUACCUUAAACACACCGCCAUGGUAACAUUCACUUUCAGUCCACAUACAGGUACAGUAUUAGCAGUCUUCCUCCUCAUGGUCUCAUAUGUCUGUCUCUCUCCCAGACCAUCAUGAACCACUUGUGGUUUGGGAAGAGUCUGGAGGAGGCGAUCGCAGCCCCUGUUGUGUUUGUGGAUUCCCAGAAUGCACUGAAGUUUGAACCUGACUUUGACAAGGUAACACCACACAUCAUGGGCACUCAACGAUUAAAGAAGUAUUCAGUUAUGUUUCUGAAGAAUAUUGUUGGUCAAUCACAGAUUUACACAUCUUAGGGGGUAGUAUUUACAGGUUACCGUAUAUCAAUCAAUCACAUUUAUCUAUAAAGGCCCAUUUUACAUCAGCAGAUGUCACAAAGUGCUAUACAGAAAGUCAGCCUAAAACCCCAAACAGCAAGCAAUGCAGAUGUAAAAGCACGGUGGUUAGGAAGAAACCGAGAGAGGAACCAGUCCCCUUCUGGCUGUGCCGGGUGGAGAUUAUAACAGUACAUGGCCAUUAAGGACAGAUUUUUCUCCAAGAUGUUCAAACGUUCAUAGGAGAGAGAGAGAAUUAGAGGGAGCAUACUUAAAUUCACUCAGGACACCGGAUAAGACAGGAGAAUAACACCAGAUAUAACAGACUGACCCUAGCCUCCUGGCACAUAGACUAUUGCAGCAUAGAUACUGGAGGCUGAGACGGGGGGGUCGGGAAACACUGUGGCCCCGUCCGACGAUACCCCCGGACAGGGCCAACCAGGCAGGAUAUAACCCCACCUACUUUGCCAAAGCACAGCCCCCACAUCACCAGAGACAAGGCUGAGUAUAGCCCACGAAGAUCUCCUCCACUGCGCGAGCCCGAAACCCAGCCUAAAUGUACAUAAUAAUAAUAAAUCAAGGUCUACUUCAAUUCAGUCAUUAUUAAGGCCUGUUCGGAAGUGGUAAUUUAAGCAUCUCCUACGCUAACAGUAUGUCUGUCCUCCUGUUCCUAUAACUUUCUUCCUCUCUCCCUAAGGCUGUGGUGGAGGGUCUGAAGGCUUUAGGACACACAGUGGAAGUUCAAAAGUACUUCUACAACGUGGUCAAUGCUGUAGAGAAGGACAACGGUUGCAUCCAAGCCGUUUCAGAUUCCAGAAAGAUGGGCAAGGCAGCUGGGUAUUAAUCUGCCAGACUGUUGGUCACUGACACUGGAUAUAGACCGUCUUCCAACUGUCAAUAUAGAGCUACUGUAGCUAUAGCAAAAACAUGGCUCUGAUUAUGCCUCAGACAAAAUUUGAUUGUGCAGACAGUAUAUGUUUCUCAUCCUAUUUACUACAACAUCAACAGGCAACGUGUAGAACAGCAACCUGUGAUAUUGAGUCACAAGUAGGAGCAUACUGUAUUUCAUUGUAAUGUAGAGGAUGAUUUAAUAAGUGCCCAAUGCUACAUCUGUCCAGUCUUCUCUUCCCAAUCCCAUUUUCUACAACUGGAAUGUAUGUACUUAAUCAUGUACACUGAACAAAAAUAUAA